GUGUCAACUACUGACCUCCAGUAUUCCUAUCAAGAAGUAACUCUGUACUUUUUAAAGUUUAGAAACAAUUUUUUUAAAGGUCACUUGGUCAUUUUGUUAGUUUUGCAACCAGAACAUUUCAUCUGCUUUCUCCAUUUCAUUUUAUCCAGAAGUGACCCAGGAUAAGAGCCAACGUGCAGGAUUGUAAAUCCGCUGGAUCCUUUUCUACUGGAGAGGUUUUAUAGGAUGGGAGAGACCUCUGGAAGGAUGCAUUACCUUAUCAGAAGUCAGUUAACCUCAGCAGUGACAAAGUUUCUCCUUAUGUGGUUUGCCUUCUUUGGGCUUUUUUCCCAAGCCAGUUUUAUGCUUAUCUGAUAUCAGCCUAACAUAGAACCAAAAUUCUUAUUUUCAUGUAAUUCUGUCCCCCACCCCCAUGUUUUUUUGGGAAAGAAUUCCUCAUGUUAAAUAACAGAAGACGUAACUAUAGGGCCAGGAAAGUAGGCUUUAGAAUCCCUACUGGCCUGCCUCCCAGCGCCUGGCAAAGCCUCCACAAACUCAGUUUUGAUGUCUAUCAAACAGGGGCAAAAGUAUCUAUCCCCAGAAAGCUGUGAGAAUCUUCUGAAAUCAGGUUGUUUAAGCUCUUGAUCUUGCAAAUAAUAGUCUUGCUCAUGGGAGUAUGUGGAGGGACAGAAGUCAAAGCUGGGCUGCUUCUCUUUCCAUCCCCUCCCACCUUCCUUCAGUCUCUGAAACAUGCUUCCAAAUUAGCCACCAUGAGAAGUUAAACACUGGUUCACUGACAGUUCCUUAAAAUAUUUAUUGACAAUCAUAUAUAAUCUUGAAAGCAUUCUUGAAAAGAAGUAGUAUUAUAGCUUUCAUCUUUUUUUUUUUAAAAUAAGUGCCUUUUAUUUAUUUUUAGAGAGAGAGAGUUAUUUAUUUAUUUUAGUUUUCAGUGGACACAACAUCUUUGUUUGUAUGUGGUGCUGAGGAUCGAACUCCGGGCCUCAGGCAUGCUGAGCACGCUACCGCUUGAGCCACAUCCCCAGCCCCUAGCUUUCAUCUUAAAGGUAGAAUUUCAUCAGUGGUUAGGUAAUUGCCCAAAGACAGAAGUAAAAGGUAAGUCCUGUUAUAAACUUGUAAAUGAGCCAGAGUUCCUGGGUUGGGGGUUUAGGUGUUAAUUGGUCAGAAUGAGGAUUUGACAUGCUUUUGUUGUUGACUCUCCUUCGUCACUGAGUCUGGAAAGAAUGGAGGACUAUCGUCCCCCCAACUCCAUGUCCUCUUGUUCUCAGCAGUUCCUGGUAUUCAUAGCCUGCCCUGCAAAGAGUCAUUUUGAUCAGGCUUCAGCUGCCUCUAGGCAGAAGGGGCGGCGGGAAGAGGCUAGCUGUCAUCCAGGAGUCAGGCAGGCGGCCAAGGUGAGGAAAGUGUGAGGGCUUAGCAAGACCUGUGGAAGGAAGUUCACGGAUUGAAGCUGUAAUUCACAGUGAUCCGGAGUCUGCUGCUUGCAUGGGAGCUUAGCCUUAAACCAGAGCAAACACGCCUUCUCUGCCAGAUAAAGCCUCUUACGUUUAUCUGUUUACUUGUAUGUUGAAGGCCUUCUUCUCCCUUAUAUUUUUGCUGAGAGUAGAAAUAGCAGCUGAAAGUUCUGGGUCUUGCUUAUUUUGAACUAUUAGACAUUAGCUCCUCACUUUCAAGAGGCCAGUUCAACUGUUUUUAAAUGAAACACGAAGGUAAUGCUGCUUUGGGUAAGCACCAGUUUGCCCAGUUUAAGUAUGCAAAGAGUGUAGGAGUUGCGUAAACAUGCAUUUCUGAAUAAUUGAAUAUGGAGACAUUCUUUAAAAUGUCCACUUGCUGUUUCCUACAUUGGACUUUUAAGAAGAAAGUAGAAAGAGUGACUAAGAUUUCAUUCUGUCUUCUUGGGUCUGGAAGCCUCCUAGUAUGCUGUCCGUCUAUAGGAAAAUCUGUCACUGCUCCCAGAGGUGGAUCUACCUUGGCUGCCUCGGGAUAUCUAGCCUGGCAGCCUGUGUCAGGGGUUUAAUCAUUGUCUUUUGACGUUCAUCAUCUCUGGUAUUCAGUUCUUGAACUUUAACCAUUUGAAAGUGAAAGUUGGUUUCUACUGGCAUGCAUCUCUGGUCCGGAAGUUGUAGACACCAAAGCAUUUGGGAGAGACCAUCAGGUUGCCUUCUUUCUUUCCCUCUUCUCUGUUGUAGAACUAAUUGCAGUCCCAAUUUUUCUCCCUUUAUGACUUUCUUAUUCAGCUCUUUCUCAAGUACCCAGUACAGUUUGGCAUGCUAGGCUCUCUGAACCUUGGAGCUGGAAGGAAAGCACCAAGAUGAUCUCAUGCUGUCCCCUUCCUGUGACAGAAGGGUCAGCAGGAGGAAGCAGGAGAGUGCAUAGAAGGGCUUCGGGAGCAUGACUACCUUCUGAUUCAUUCUUGCCGGCAGUGGACCACCAUCACUGCCCAUAGCCUGGAGGAGGGCCAUUACGUCAUUGGGCCAAAGAUAGAGAUUCCGGUACACUAUGCAGGGCAAUUCAAGCUGCUGGAACAAGACAGAGACAUAAAAGAGCCAGUGCAAUAUUUCAACAGUGUGGAGGAGGUGGCUAAAGCAUUUCCUGAACGCGUGUACGUCAUGGAGGAAAUUACUUUCAACGUGAAGGUGGCUUCAGGAGAGUGCAAUGAGGACACUGAAGUUUACAACAUCACCCUGUGUACUGGGGAUGAACUCACUCUAAUGGGUCAGGCAGAAAUCCUUUAUGCAAAGACUUUCAAGGAAAAGUCACGACUUAACACAAUCUUCAAAAAGAUUGGGAAGCUCAAUUCCAUCAGCAAACUAGGAAAAGGCAAAAUGCCAUGCCUCAUUUGCAUGAAUCACAGGACCAACGAAAGCAUCAGCCUUCCAUUCCAGUGCAAGGGCAGAUUCAGCACCCGAAGCCCCCUGGAGCUUCAGAUGCAGGAAGGGGAACACACCAUCCGCAACAUCGUGGAGAAAACCAGGCUUCCUGUGAAUGUGACUGUCCCAAGUCCUCCGCCCAGAAACCCAUACGACCUUCACUUCAUCCGAGAGGGGCACCGCUACAAGUUUGUGAACAUCCAGACCAAGACGGUGGUGGUUUGCUGCGUGCUGCGGAACAACAAGAUCCUCCCCAUGCACUUCCCUUUGCACUUGACCGUCCCCAAGUUCAGCCUCCCAGAACACCUGGUAAAGGGAGAGGUAUGGCCUGAAACCCUGGUCCAUCACUGGCUGGGUAUCUGCCAAGAGCAGUUUGACAUUGAUGAGUAUUCACGGGCUGUCCGGGAUGUGAAGACAGACUGGAAUGAGGACUGCAAGAGCCCCAAGAAGGCCCGGUGCUCUGGCCACAACCACGUGCCCAAUUCCCUCAGCUAUGCCCGGGAUGAGCUCACCCAGUCCUUCCACCGGCUCUCAGUCUGUGUGUAUGGCAACAAUCUCCAUGGCAACAGUGAGGUGAACCUCCAUGGCUGCAGGGACCUGGGGGGAGACUGGGCCCCCUUUCCUCAUGACAUCCUGCCCUAUCAGGACUCUGGUGACAGUGGGAGUGACUACCUUUUCCCAGAAGCUACCGAAGAAUCAGCAGGUGUCCCAGGGAAGUCAGAACUUCCUUAUGAAGAGCUGUGGCUGGAGGAAGGCAAGCCCAUCCGUCAGCCUCUCACUCGCUCUCUGAGUGAGAAGAGCAGAUGUGACCCGUCGAGAGGAUCUGCCCGGUCCAAAUGCGCAACUUCUCCUCUUCCUGUCCCUGAGACUCUGGGAGCCACAAUGAAGUCUUCAGAAAUUGCCCUACCUCCACCUCCAGUGCCUCCCAAGUCUGAAGCCGUCAGGGAAGAAUGCCGGCUCCUGAACGCCCCACCUGUUCCACCCCGAAGCACAAAGCCUUUGUCCACGAGUCCCUCCAUCCCUCCUCGCACAGUCAAGCCAGCACGGCCACAGACUCGCUCUCCCAGCCCCACCUUGUCCUACUAUUCUUCAGGGCUGCACAACAUCAGCUCUACUAAAAGUGACACAAGUCCUUCUGAAAGUGUUCCUGUCUCCUGCUAUCCGUGCAACCGAGUGAAAGCUGAUUCUGUGGACCUGAAAUCCCCAUUCGGAAGUCCUUCUGCUGAGGCCCUGUCCUCCCGGCUCUCAUGGCCUAAUCAUUAUUCAGCCACAUCAGAGAGCCAGACCAGGAGUGACUUCCUGCUGGACCCAAGCAGGAGUUACAGUUAUCCCAGACAAAAGACACCAGGCACACCAAAGAGAAACUGCCCAGCACCUUUCGAUUUUGAUGGCUGUGAGCUCCUGAGCAGCAACCCCAGCUCAGUCACUGCAGAAUUCAGUAGCACUGUCUCUGGUUGUCCCAAGUCAGCUAGCUACUCUCUGGAGAGCACAGAGGAGAGUGCUCUUGCACCCUGCAUGACCAAGCAGAGUAUCUCCUGCCCUGCCUUACCCCCCAGGGCCCCAAAGCCAGUGGAACAGAAAACCGUCCCUGAAACAUCUCCUUUGCCUCUGAAAAUCGAUGGUGCUGAGGAGGACCCCGAGCGGGGGUCACCGGACCUCUCUGAGGACCAAUAUUUUGUUAAAAAGGGCAUGCAGGACAUCUUUGCUGUCUCUUACCCUUUCUCAUCUCCGCUUCACCUCCAGCUGGCCCCCAGGUCCUGUGGUGAUGGUUCCCCGUGGCAGCCACCCGCGGACCUGUCUGGACUGUCUAUAGAAGAAGUGUCCAAGUCCUUGCGGUUCAUUGGUUUGUCCGAAGACGUCAUAUCCUUCUUUGUCACCGAAAAGAUUGAUGGGAAUUUGCUUGUUCAACUAACGGAAGAAAUUCUCUCAGAGGAUUUCAAGUUAAGCAAACUGCAGGUGAAGAAAAUAAUGCAAUUCAUUAAUGGCUGGAGGCCCAAAAUAUAGCCAAAUAUCCCCAGCUAGCAUGGGACAGAACUAAUUGGCACAUGUGCCAGGAGGGGUGGGCUGGGACACAGUUUCAUGUUUUUGCACUAAAAAACCUUCUCUGUAAAUAGGGAUAAGAGAAACUCUUACUAUGCAGAUUACAUUUUUGAAUGGUGAACAGGCUAUUUUGUACAUCAAUAAAGAUGCUGUACAGAACACUUAGAGGUGUGCCUUGUACGUCCCUCAACACUCAGCAGCUGCUACCAGAACAAAGGCAUAUUCAGAGAACUCAUUCUUACCCAGUCGGUUUAUGCGAGAAGGUAUGAUAUUUAUUACAAAAUAGCCAAAGCUGAAAGACAUAAGAAUCUUAAAAAAAUAAAUAAAUAAACAUUUUUUUUAGCAAUUCCCUUCUUUGGGGGAGUUGACUUUAGACAAUUAACUAUAUUCUGUGCUCUGUUGUUUGGAUUGCUUAGUGCUUAUUGUUUUACUCUUGUGCCUGAAAAUGUUAGUGAUAUGAAAUGACACUUUACUGUUAUGCUUGGUGGGGAUCUUUUUAUCUAGAAGCAUUUUCCAAAAGUCAUGUGCUGAUAGAAGAUAGAUGAUGUCCUUAGAAAUAAUACAAAUCAUGACCACAGUAAUUGAUCUGUAACUGCUGCUAAUUUUUAUUGAGCAGAGAAAAAAAAAAGACAUAUACAUAUGUGAGCCUAUGUUUUAAACAUAAUUUUGAGUCUGAUAUUUCAGGUAACAUCUAUUCGCAUUCAAAUAAAUAUCCAUUGAGGUUUGGGGACCUUCAACAAAGUUGAUUAUCUUAGGAACGGUGGAUGGGAUGAUUCCAAAGAUUCUCCACACCCUAAAUCUUGAAGCUCAGUCUUACUAGGCUUCAUUGCUGAAAACUUUGAACAGACCCGUGAAAUAUCUGUAAUGAAGAAAUUAGUGUGUUUUCAAGCCCAUUACAGGGCCAAUUCUUGCAUAUCCAUGCUGGCAUCCAGAGAAAUGAUAGUUUCUGUCAAAUAAUAAUUCUCAGCUUUGAGGGUCUUUUCCUGGGUGCCUGCCAAUAAUCGGUCCAAAAAGUACUUCUCAGAGUAUGAGGUGUGUCAACACCCUUCUGAGAGCUCACAAAUCAAACAUACCAACCCUGUUAUUCUAUGCCCUGCAUCUGAUGGGUAAUUAUUUUUAAAAUAUCAAUAAAUAUACUUGUUAAUUUCAUACACCUUUUCUUUCCUCUCUUCCAAAGAAAAUACUUGGUCACCAUACUUUUGUUCCAAGAAUUCCAGAAGUCGGAGAAUUUUUGCUAAACAGUGACUAACUAUUCUAGAACAUCAUGGCUUCAUCCCCAUUCUUGACUUUUUGAAGGACCAUUAUUAACCUUAGAGAAGUUUGAGUCCUCUUAUCAAGGCAUCCAGACAGCCCCCAAGUCCGACCCUGGAUCCUGAAUGUGUAGACAGCCUUCGACAAGUGUGCGCUGUGGCCUCUCAGGUCCGGCAGAUCAGUCACUAGGGUGUCAUCAUGCCUUGCAGGGUUGGGUCAUAUUUUAUUGUCUCCUCUUCCUACUUCCCAAAGUUAAAAAAUAAAUAAGUUAAUUUAAAGACAAGACCCGCCAGUCUGGGUUUUGUAUUUCUGUGAAAUAUGUCUACUAUUUCUUAGCAUUAGUAAAAUGUUUCUAAUGCAUCUGAUGGUAGUAGUGAGGUGAAUCGGUACCUAUUUUAAUUUUCCAUCUCAGAAGUCCUUUAAAAAAGAAAAAAAAAAAAAAAAAAAACAGCUCUUCAUUCCUAAUAUGCCUCCCAAAAUGUAAAUACUAUACUCCAGGUAAAAAGAGUAACCUAUAAACUGUCAAAACUGGAGCACCUCUUCCUAAGUAGCUGUCAGAUGUAUGAAGAAGUUUCCCACGCCACACUCACGUGACCCACAAGACUGUUAUUUAGAAAACAUCCCUCUUAGGAAAUUAACCUCUCAGAAUUUCCCUUUAGGAUAAAAACAGACGAGAUGUGGUUGGAAAGCGGCUUGCUUUCAUUGGUACACCCUUGCUCCCAACAGUUUUUCAGCAUUCAGCACUUGGACACGAUUCUCAAACUCAAAAGCAAGAAACAGGGUUUGUUUUGGUUUCGUACAAAAGGUCACCUCCCAUAAACACUUGACUCCAUUUGUCUUUUUUUCUUUUGGAAAAACCUUAGACAAAAUAGGGUCAUUUUCCUUUUGCUCAUUUGUUUUGAUCUUGGUGUAUUCGUGCCAAGUUUAUAUUGAUUGGCAACCUGGAGUCCUCAAGGACAAGGACCUGCCUUAGAUUCAUGUAUUCAUGAUACAUUCAUGGAGCAACUUUUUUGUGCCAGGCCCAAUACCAUAAAAAGACCCAGCCCCUGCCUUCUUGGAGCUCACUUUGUUCAUACUUAAAAUCACAGUUGCUGAGACGGUGUAGGUAUGGAUAAGAGAGACGUGAACUCCUCUGGGCAGCUGGCUGUAUGGAGAGUGAAGUGUGUCCUGUCUUUUAAAUAUGCACAGAUGAGAGCAGUGGCAGCUAAGGGUAUUAAAUAAACACCACAAGACUGUUCAAACUUGUAACAUGGAGGCAGAAAGUGUCCUCUCACUGUCUUGUAUUUUUCUUUUACUGACUUGGAAUUUUGGUUUAAUCCUAAUAAAAAGUAUCUUCUGCAUUUCUAAAAGCCACAAACGUAACUGUUGUUCUGAUCUGAGCACCUGUCUGGCAUGCCCUUGAUUAGACAGUAUGCACAGCCCCCAAAAGAAUCAUGACAAUAAAUGCAGAACAGGAAUCUGAAGGAAACAGCCCCUCCUUUCUGAGAGCUGUGAUCUGCAAUGAAAAGCAGUGUGCAGAGAUCCCAUGAGCAGAAUCUUUUCUACCAGCUGGUCAAGACUGAAUGCAUCCUUGUUUGACAGGUCCCUAGGAUCGGAAGAGUGACCAUGGUGUUUGGGGGAAAGUACCUUUUUUUUUUCCAGUACUUAAAUUCAUGGCUAAAAUCAUCUUCACAGCCCCCAUCAGAGAAGAAAAUCAGCAAUAAACCAAGCCAAGCAGCUGAAACGUAAAAUGACCCAACGCAGAAGGAGAACUCAAACACAGAUCAAUUCCUUCUCAGAAUCUUGUAAACGCCUUCAAGUUGUCUCUUCUUUAAGUUGAGCUGUUCAACUUUAUGAACUGUGAAAUGUACGCUCACACUCUUUGAACCAACCCACAUAUACCAUCCAAGUUUAUGAAGUUGUAGCAGACACCCAUUCAGCUAAAUCGCAGUGUUUAUUCUUGUCUCCUGGAAAAAUCCAGCAAUCUUAUGGGAAAUAUUAUGACAGUCCAUUCCAACCUAUGGCAGACACAUUAACAGCCUCUGCUCACAUUCCAUAGCCACCUGCACAUCAGCCACACAUCUCCCGGAGAAGUGCAGGGGGUGAGUGUGGAUAGACAAGUCUUUCAUUUUCCAAACACUUGGUAUAAUGAGUUGCUACUCGUCUAGCCUAAGUAGUAUAAGGUUGGCAUUCCACAAACGAGAAAGCAAACUAGUUCUCCAAGAACCUGGUGAACUGUUCAAAGAAAAUUUUAGUUUCAAUCUCCCAGAAAAGUUAAAUCUGUUGUUGGACACAUAAGGCCUUCAGAAACAUGUCCAUUAUUAUCAAUUUCCACCAUUUUUCUAGUAAUCUUAAGGCUACUAAGGCAAGAACAGUGAAAAGGCCCAACGUACAAAUGAUGGCAAAUAGGACUUUCAUACUAUGGGGUGGUUAUACUGUGAGAUUCUUAGGCCGCAUCUGUUAAAUCACAUCAGUCAGUUUUCAAAACUUGGAGUUUUGAAAUUUGUCUCAUUGUGGUAGCCAGAAACAAGGAGUAAAUGCAAUUUCGGUUAAAACUAUAUAUAAAUGUCUAUAUAUAAAUAUCUUCUGUAAUUUUGCUGCUCUAAUUUGUAGCUAUGAAUUUUUGUAAUAGAGCUUAUCAGAUCACAAAUUUUUUUGUUUACAAUCUCAUGUAAUAGGGCUCAGAUAAUUUCUUAACUAUAAACUCCCAUUUUUACAUUCAGUUCCAUUCAAAAUAUUGUUUCAACUCAGCCUAAAAAAAAAAAAAUUGAACUCCAUUAAGAAUUUGGGGAAUUCUCUUCAACUUAAAUGGAGAUGUUGUAUUGUUUGCAGAGAAUUUUGUAACUGUCUUUACAGUUUCUUGGCUUGGAAAACUGAGGUUGUUAACUAUAAGUUAACAGUUGUAUCAUUUUCCAGUGGGCCCAGUGUGUACCUCAAGAUAAACACAGUGUGUUAUGUCUAAAAGAACUCAUUGUCUGUUGAUCUACAUGGUUCCAAAAUGUCUAUAAAUAAAGAAAUUUUCAAAGAUG